AUGUGCAAGUCUUGUGCAGGAUGCGUUCGCGUGCUGAUGAUUGUGUUUAACAUCCUGUUUACAAUCAUAGGGAUGAUUGUUUUAUCCGCUGCUUUGUACUUCUACUUCUCAACAUUCGGGGUUAGAGGUACUGAUCAGCACAAUAUAUUGGCUUAUACUUAUAUCGUUCUGGCUGCUAUUGGGGCUCUGAGCUUUGUAUUGGGAAUAUUAGGUUGUUGUGGCUCAUAUCACUAUAGUCGAUGUUUGUUGGGCUUUUAUUUUGCUCUGUUACUGGUUAUUUUCGCCAUCGAAAUUGCUAUUGGCGUAGCUGGGUUCGUUCAUAGAGAACAGGCACGUGCAAUUAUCCACGAAACACUUAAAGAAGGUGUUGAAGAUUGGAAAAAUUCCAACAAUGAAGUUCGAUGGAUGGAUGCAAUCCAUGUUAUGUUCCAAUGUUGCGGUUACAAUGGACCUACAGACUAUGGUAUUGCUAAAGUCCCUUCUUGUUGUUUAAAUGAUCAAUGUGCUAUGGAUUUCGCUUUGCUCAGUUUUCAGACGGGUUGUAAAGAAAGAAUUGACAAUAUUAUGCAUAAUUUCCUAAUCAUAUGUAUCUCGGUUAUUACAAUAGCCCUCAUUGAGCUGAUUGGUUUGAUAUUUGCAAUGACUCUUUGUUGUGCUGUAAAUGGGCGUGAUCCAAACGCUUAUUAUCGUGCAGUACAAACAGCAUAAAUUGAUUGUUUUUAAAAAAACACUCGACCAACCUAACCAAUCUUUAAAUAAUUGAGAAUUUCUAAACAUGCAAUUCUCCUAUAUGUUUCCACGAACCUAUUCAUUAUGAUUAUAUAAUUCCAACUUUGUAUUGUUCAUCUAUUUCAGAAAUAACAAUGAAUAAUGUAAUUUAGUUAUAUGUGUUUAUAAUCUUCUUGUUCAUUUCUACACAUAGAUAUUUACAAUAAUCAUUCAAUCAUUUCAUAUGAGUUGUCUUUUUUCUAUUGUGUAUCUGAGCAAAAGAUUUUUCCUCUUUCUCUCUUUCACCUUCGAAUGACCAAUUUCAUUUUCACACAAUCUUUAAUUAAUCCUGUCAUACAACACAGUGGUACUCUGUGUGUGUGUUUACUCAUAGCUACACUUCUCUUCUUUUUUCUCUCAUUGUCACCAUCAUCUUCGUUAUUUUUACUAGAUACAUAUAAGGAAUACUCCACGAAUGACACAAAGAAGUAAAAUUGCGAAAUUUAACACCCACCCACACACACAACACCUAUGGUUGUAUCGUAAUAAAAAUACAUUUGUUAUACUGAUUUUUUUUUAUAAAAGAAAUCUGCCCAAUUUUUACAUUCUUCUCUUAGAUUCUGUAUCAGUUUCUCAUGUUCCAUGAAAAGUUGUUGGAAUUUUUUAAAAAUUUUCCUAACGGUCAUUACUGUGUAUGUGUGCGAGAGAGAGAGAGAGUAUACUUCUACCGGUUAGACAUGUUUAUUCUUUAAGAAAUAAUUAUUACUAAUAUUCCAUCAUUGUGUAGAUAACCAUUUAUGUGUAAUUCACCAUUGUCUUAUACUUGUUCAACCGGUUAUUUUGAUCAUUUCAUUAAUGUUAUGCAUCUAUCAACAAUUUCACCAUUGCGGUGUGUGUAGUGUUCUGUCAUUUGUCAUGUUGUUGCUUUUUUAAUAUUCGUAUGUGUAUUUUUUGUAAUUUAUAAAAAUGAAUUUUGUUCCAUUUUUAUAAACUUUUCAGUACAUAGUAACAUCAUAUUUGUUUUACACACUUGUCUUGAUCAUUUGUCACAUGGAUAUUAAAAUAAUGAUCUAAUGGGAAUAUAUUUAUUCAUCUUCUGGAAUUUUUUUCGUUUUGAAUGAUGAAUUACAUGAAUUCGUCGUUGGAAUAGAUCUAAUCAUUCUGUGUUUGUUCAUUGUUGUAUUACUAUAUAGAUAUAUGUAUUUGUUAAUUUUGCUUCAAUGAUGAUAAUAUUCUCAUUCUAGUAUUCUGCGUACACAUAUAUUAUAUGAAGUGGUCUUUUUUUUAAAAAAAAUAUUGUUCAUCAAUUACCAUCUCAAAAUAUACAACAAAUUUCAUACAGUG